AUGCCAACAAGACACAAGCCUCGCUGCAAAGACACGCGUCGAGCAAUUGAGCAAAACAUGCUAGGUCGACCUUCGGCACUUUUUGUGGAGACAUAUUUUGAGUCUGCAGAAGAAAAGUCUGCCUGGGAAUACUAUAUAAGCCUCGUUUCAUCUAAUGUCCCCGCUGUAGAUGGACCGGACAACCCUUACCGGCAGGUCUCCAUCCCAGCUCUAUCAUCACCAAUUCUUCUCGAGACCAUUGUCUGCAUAUCGACAGAACAUAUGCUGAACUUUGGAUUAACCAGCAUUGAUCUCGCAGCCAAGCGCCAGCAGCGAAUGCUCAGAACGCUUGGACAAAACCUGCUCAGUAUCGACGCCAGGGCCGUCUGCGACGCGGAUACAAUCGCAACUAGCAACAAGCACGAGCAAGAAGCACUCCUCACAGCCGUCGUCCUUCAGGGAAUCGUCGUCGCACAAACAGCAGAUGGCGUACUGGAGCCCCACGUCAAAUGUGCUUCUUGGCUCAUGCAAGCGCUAGGCUACUUCGACGGAAUACCACAGAAUCCCAUCGCACGUAUGACAGUACAGCGAUUUGCCAUGGUUGACGUAAUGCUAGCGAUCUCACGACAGCGAAGGCCAUACGCACCGCAAAAGUUCAUACUCAACCAGCCCGACCAGAAUCGCUGGGACACCACCGAGCCCUCAUUCCACAAGAUGACAGGAUGCCCACAGCCACUGAUGUGCUUCCUAGUACGAAUAGCGCAUCUAGCCUGCGACGUGAGCGACGGACUCGAAACAAAUACGAACGAAGGCGCCAUUCUCAAUAAAGCAUUCCAACUCGACACCGAGCUUCGCGCCUGGGGAUCCGGAUACAAUGGAAUCCCACCAGCGAGAUGUGAGCGCACGCCUCUGGAUAUCCUCACCGAGUGCUUUUAUUGGACCGCGCAUUUACUGCUUGCCCGUCGAGUUUUUCGAGACCAGACCUGUUCACCGCGCGUGCAGCAUUUGGUGCAUGUAUGCUUUGGGUUGAUGGAUCAUCUGUCGACGGGGUGUGGGCCUGAUUCGUCGCUGCCUCAGCCGUUUUACAUUGCUGCGAGGGAGGCUUUAUCGCCUGAGCAUCGUAUGUGGGUUCGACAGAAGCAUGAGUCUAUGACGGCUUAUUAUAGGGAACAACAGCGGAACUCGGCAAUGGAGCUUAUUGAGCAGAUCUGGGAAACUACGGAUAAGCUGCGGGAGUUGGGUAGUGGCUCCGGUUGGCCGAGGGGGAUUGAAUUGUCAAUUGUGGAUAGUUAUAUACAAGCGCUUGAUAGAGGGGCUUGUUUCUUCAUCUUCUAA